UAACAACAUACGGGCUUUACAGUGCAAUAGUUCAAGCUCCCGUACUCUGCAUUGUGAAGUUCAUUAGAUUUUUAAGUUGUCACCACUCCCCUUUCAGUUGGUCAUAUGGACACCGAGAAGCCACUAACGUACGAAGACCUCCAAGCUGUAGCUGAGCACAUCAGAACGAAAACGAGCUACCGACCAACUAUCGGCAUCAUAUGUGGCUCAGGUCUGGGAGGCCUAGCAGAUAGCGUCAAGAAAGCGGACAUCUUGGAAUAUUCGACUAUCCCACAUUUUCCAGAGAGCACAGUUCCGGGUCAUGAUGGGAAGUUGGUGAUUGGUGAGCUGGAGGGGAAGCCGGUUGUUUGCAUGAAGGGAAGAUUUCAUUCGUAUGAAGGAUAUCCCAUGUGGAAGGUGACUGCUCCAGUCCGAGUGAUGGCACUACUGGGUGUGAAGACGCUCAUUGUAACAAACGCUGCCGGUGGCAUCAAUAGCACCUUCAACAAAGGUGACUUCAUGAUCAUCAAAGAUCACAUCAACAUGGUCGGUAUGGCCGGCAAGCAUCCUCUAGUCGGACCAAACAUGGACAAGUUUGGACCGCGAUUCAAUUCCAUGGAACGAGCAUACGACGCAGAACUUGGUAAACUAGUCAGAACAGUCGGCAAAGACAUCGGACUAUCGGACACAAUCAAAGAAGGCGUUUACUGCAUGGUCAGUGGUCCUUCGUAUGAAACAACAGCCGAGCUCAAGUUGCUUCAGUGUAUUGGUGCUGAUGCUGUCGGUAUGAGCACGGCACCCGAAGUCGUAGUUGCUAGACAUGCCGGUCUGCGAGUGUUGGGAAUUUCACUGAUCACCAACAUGACAAGCAUUAAUGCACAACCCGAUGACAACGUAGUAACGAAUCACGAGGAAGUCUUGGAGACCGGCAAGCAACGAGCAGAAGACUGUCAGCGUCUUGUGAAAGAAACAGUGAAACGCAUGACGUGAGACAAACGACCGAUAGUCGUCCGGGAGGGGGAGGAAUCUUCAUGAGAAACCUUGAAUGGCACGAACAUACGAAUGAGUAUGUACCCACAUCUGUCAAUGAGUUUGUAUACUGUCUUAUAAAUGGAGAGUCACACAAUGCUGGUUGAUGAAAUGAGAUUGACAGAUAGAGAGGUUGAUUGCUGAUAGCAAGGCAUACUUCACUAGCAAAUGA